AUGGAGGUGCUGCUGGUCGCAAACCUCGAGGCUCAAGCCCAACGCACCGAAGCCGCAGAAAUAUUGGAACACGAGUUCACGGUGAUUGCCUCCAUUUUAGAUGACCGCUCUGGACCUGAAUUAGCCACGGACCGAGAAAGGGAUCUCGCCAGCGAACUCCAGGAAUAUGCCGAAGAAAAAAUCGUAAUCAAUCCUAAGACGCCAUCCGAGGUUGACGUUCCGAAGAAAGGCUGCAAAAUUCUCAUCCGAGGUCUUGUUUUCGAUUGUUGGAUGUUCUGUGGCAUGUCCAAUGCGUGGGACUGGAGGAGUGAGGACAUUUGGAACGCGUUCGAGGAGUUCAGGAAGAACGACCCAAUAUAUGAAUUGUCAAAAACCAUUUGCACAACUCCCGAGAAUGCUCUAUUGUUCAAGCCGCCUUCUUGGGGGGCUCACCGGCCUUGGGUGAAGAAUUAG